AUGACUAAAAUCAAAGGUGCAGCACAGGUUGUAGAGCCUGCAUCAAUUUCUCCCGCCUGGAAAGUGUUGAAAAUGAAAAUGAGAGAGGAAAAAUCAGAAAUGGCGGGAGGCAAAGUAGUUAAACGCAAACCAAAAGGAAAUUUGGCGGCGAAUUUUCAUCGAAAACAAAAACUUCAGGACGCUCUUAAUGAAGAAUCCCUUGAGCCGAAAGUACUGAAAAAGACCAAGAAUGAUAAUUUGGUAGCCCUCGAUUGUGAGUAUGUGGGUGGUGGUUAUCAAGGAAAUGAUGAUGUAUUGGCAAGAGUUUCCAUAGUCAACUCCGAAGGAGACGUAGUUUAUGACUCUUAUGUUAAACCUACCGAUAAAGUUACAGAUUACAGAACUUCUGUAAGUGGAGUGCGUCCAGGAAACUUGGUCAAUGGGAAACCAUUUCAAACUGUCCAGUUUGAAGUUUCGAAAUUGCUGAAAGAUAAAACAGUUGUUGGUCAUGCGAUUCAUAAUGAUUUCAGGGUUUUGAACAUUGCUCAUAGCAAAAAAAAUAUCAGAGAUACUGCUAGAUGUAAUCUAUUGAAAAGUUUAUCCAAUUUCGAAGGAAGGAUGCCUUCGUUGAAAAAAUUGGCAGAAUCCGUUCUAGGUAUUGAAAUUCAAAAAGGAGAACACGACUCGGUAACGGAUGCCCGUGUUACAUUACGUUUAUAUGAAGUUGUGAAGAAGAAAUGGGAAGCAGAAAUAAAACGUUAUCGUCAUUAA